CAUGGGGGAGCCGCCGGCCGCGCUGCCGCCGCGGGAGCCGCCGGAGCCCGGCAGUGCCUAGCGCAGGCUGCGGGCUUUCUGCAAGUCAUCGGGGCCGGCCCCCGCUGCCCUCCCGCUCCCCCAGCCCGGCGCAUCCGCUCGGGAAUUAUUUCAUUUAUUUGUUUGUUUGUUUAUUUAUUUAUUUAUUUUCUUCCGCCGUGCUGUAUGUACUGGUUUCCUCGUCACCCGCCACGGUUAACUUCCCUGUGACUCGGUUUAACACUUGAGACCUCCGUGGAUGCUGCUAAGAGCACUUCUCUUGCCUUUGCUGUCCCUUGCUGGGAUCGGAUUCACACUACCCGGACCCUGUGUGCCUGUAUGUGUGUUCUGAGUGUCUUGACAUUUUGGUUUUCUUUACAAGAGCUAUGCUUUAAUUGUUACCAAGACCUGUGAAUGACCAUAGGCUUGGCUUGACCUUGAUUUUGAUGGAUUUGUUGGAAGAUCUGAUGAUGUGAUUGCAUGUCAUGAGGUGAUUGCUCUCAAGCCUCCAGCCUCCGUGGCUCUGUGUAUAAACCACUUCUGCCACACUGUCACUCAUGGACAAUUCAGAUUUUUCUUUUAAACAGUUCUAUUGGCUAUUUUUAUUUUCUCAAUUUUCAUUUCCCCCUUGUUUCUUCUUAAUAUUGGGAGCUUUAUUCUACCCUCCGAUGUGAUUGACAGUCCUGCUUCUCCGUGCUGCUGAUUUCCAGUUUAAACUACAAUGGCUCUAAGUGGCAACUGCAGGACUUACCUUCCUGCCCGGGAGCAGGGGCCAGGGCUGCCCUCCUUCCCCGAGGUGGUGGAGCUCAACGUGGGCGGCCAGGUUUACUUCACUCGCCACUCCACCUUGGUUGGCACCCCUCACUCCCUGCUCUGGAAAAUGUUCACCCCAAAGAGAGACACGGCCAACGAUCUGGCCAAGGACUCCAAGGGAAGAUUCUUCAUCGACAGAGAUGGUUUCCUGUUCCGCUAUAUUCUGGACUAUCUCAGGGACAAGCAAGUGGUUCUGCCCGACCACUUCCCAGAGAAGGGAAGGCUCAGGAGGGAGGCUGAGUACUUCCAGCUCCCGGACCUGGUCAAGCUCCUGACUCCUGACGACAGCAAGCAAAGCCCUGAUGAUUAUUGCCACAGUGACUACGAAGAGGUGUCCCAGGGCAGUGACACCAGAAUCUGCCCCCCCUCACUGCUGCCGCCCGACCGCAAGUGGGGAUUCAUCACCAUCGGCUACCGUGGCUCGUGCACCAUUGGCAGGGAGAGCCAAGCAGAUGCCAAAUUCAGGAGGGUCCCAAGGAUUUUGGUUUGUGGAAGGAUUUCUUUGGUCAAAGAGGUUUUUGGAGAAAGUUUGAAUGAAAGCAGAGACCCGGACAGGGCUCCAGAAAGGUACACCUCCAGGUUUUAUCUCAAGUUCAAGCACCUGGAGAGGGCUUUUGACAUGUUGUCCGAGUGUGGAUUCCACAUGGUGGCCUGUAACUCCUCGGUGACGGCUUCCUUCGUCAACCAGUACACAGACGACAAGGUCUGGUCCAGCUACACCGAAUAUGUCUUCUACCGCGAGCCCUCCCGCUGGUCCUCGUCGCACUGCGACUGCUGCUGCAAGAACGGCAAGGGCGACAAGGAGGGCGAGAGCGGCACGUCCUGCAACGAGCUGUCCACAUCCAGCUGCGACAGCCAGUCCGAGGCCAGCUCCCCGCAGGAGACCGUCAUCUGCGGGCCCGUGACGCGCCAGCCCAACAUCCAGACUCUGGACAGGGCCAAGAAGGGCCCGGUGCAGCUGCUGCAGCAGGCCGAGAGCCGCAGGAAGAGCGACCUGCUCCGGACUCUCACCUCCGGCUCCCGCGAGUCCAACGCCAGCAAGAAGAAGGCCGUGAAGGAGAAGCUCUCCAUCGAGGAGGAGCUGGAGAAAUGCAUCCAGGAUUUCCUCAAGAUCAAAAUCCCAGACAGGUUUCCCGAGAGGAAGCACCCCUGGCAAUCGGAACUGCUGCGCAAGUACCACCUGUAGGAUCGGGGCGGGCAGAGGCACGGCCCCGCACCUGGAGCCAGAGCCGAGGGACAGCACAGGAACUCCCAGUAAUAACUGUGCGUUAGGUCGCCAAAACCAAACCCAUCUCUAGUACUGCCUAACUUGCCUAUUUCACCUUAACAUUUCUAGUGGUAGGGGAGCGAUCUCUCUGCAGUCCUGGAAGCACAAUGACAAACGCUUUUGUUUGUAAACUCCGAGUCUUACACAAGCUGAAAACCUUAAUGGCACAGCCAGGGCACGCUGGUGCGGCCCCAGCAGGGCAGGGCAGGGUGGGCAGGGCUCGGUGCCCUCUGCAGCCUGCUCAGACCCCGUGUGCCUGCAGGGAGGAGCACAGCACAGAGCCCAGCCCUGCCCCGCAGUUUAAGCAUGUGUAUUUAUAUAUGUGCAUAUAUAUAUGUGUGUAUAUAUAUCUCUGUGUAUAUAUAUAUAUGUAUAUAUAUAUCAAUAUAUAUUGCUUAAAGACUUUCUGGCUCUCUCCUUAUAACUGCACUUUCUCAGAAAAGAGCAUUUUUUUAGUCUGUGGAUGUCCCGUUUCUCCUCCAGGCCUCUGAGGGCUGAACAGUAUGAAUCCAUCUCCCCGUCUCUCUCCUCUCCCCCUGCCCGUCCUUCCCCUCCCUGGGACACUGUGAAUGUGUCCCGGGGGAGAGCAGGGUGCAGUCUCUGGGUUUGUGUUACCACCAGUGAAAUGCUCUGUUUGGUUGGGACGCUGUGUCCCUCCCUGUUCCCCAGGGCUCUCGGCUGUUACAGGAGUGCUGAUCCCCCUGGAACGCUGCAGGGAUGCUCUGGGCUGUGUGGGGAUGCUGGUCCUGCAGGUGCCAGCUGUGUGUGCCAGGAGGGGCUGUCCCAGCUGGCAGGGUUUCUGUUACCAUCAGUGAAAUACUCUGUUUGGUUGGGAUGCUGUGUCCCUCCCUGUUCCCCAAGGCUCUCGGCUGUUACAGGUGUGGAAAGCGGCAGGGAUGGCUCUGGGCUGUGUGGGGAUGCUGUGGGGGUGCUGUGGGGAUGCCGUGGGGGUGCUGGCUCCUGCAGGUGCCAGGGCUGCGUGCCAGGAGGGGCUGUCCCAGCUGGCAGGGACAGUGGGCACUGCGGCCCCUCAGCCCCAGAACCCCCCCAGCCCACCCAGGGGCUCAGAGCUGGCACUGCAGGAGGGAGCAGGGCAGUGCCAGGGGCAGCACAGCCCUGCAGGAGCUCCCUGCAGCCCCUCCUGUGGUGCCAGCCCUGCCAGGGCCCUGGCGGCACUGCAGCAAGGCACACUCUGUGCCCAUGUGCCCGGAGCUGUGGGAAAGGCUGGGCUGCUCCUGCACUGCUCUGAGCUCGGGGAAGGGCCAGGGUAGGCGGGCACAGGCUGGCCACAGAGGGGCAGGGCUGGCACAGGCAGGGCUGGCACAGGCAGGGCUGGUCAGGGGGCUUGGGCUGCUGGGGCUGCCAUGGAGAGGGACAGAACACUGCAGCACUCCAGCUGGGGAGGCCACAGCUGGGAACAAACCAGCUGCAGGAUUUUGGAUCCAUCAUUUCUUCUCUAAAGGCACAGGAAGAAGAGUUUAUAUAUAUAUAUACGUAUGAAUAUAAAGUGUGGGCAGUGCUGGUAGCACAGAUCACUCAGCUCUGACUCAGUCAGUGUCCUGCAGGUCCCAGGCUCCCCUCCCACACCCCAGACACUGCUGUGGGAGCUGCAGUGCUGCCUGCACUGUCCUUUCUGUGCUCCUGCUGCAGCUCCAGCCAGGAGGAGCCUCGGUGCCUGCAGGGCUGGGCAGGGGUGCCAGGGAACCCUGGGGUCUCCAGGAGCCCCCAGCCGUGUUUGGGGUCGGGUGCACCCUACAAAAGGAAGCAAUACGUGUGCAGAGGGUGGGCAGGCAGGAGCUGGCGGCAGCUGGGGCGCCCUCCGAGCAGUGCACCUGCAGGGGCUGCAGAGCAGGGCACCUCGGGCAGCUGGGGUCACCUGUGGGAUGCUGUGGGCGCAGGAGGAGCUGUCCCUGCCCAGGCUGUCCCUGACCCUGCCCAGGCUGUCCCCUCUGCGGGUGCUGCAGGAGGGCUCUCCUGGGAAAUGCUCACGGAACAGACUCAGCCCUCCUGGGCCUGUGCUGCAGAGCCAGCUCGGGGCUCAGGACACGCCCUGCCUCUGGAAUUCAGGCUCUGGUGCCACCCUCUACUCACAGGCUCAAAAGGCACAACUUCCCACGGAAAUCAAUGAUUUGGACAAGCUCCACACAUUUGGCCCUGCUUGGUUAUUUCAUGGUUAGUUUCUAGCAUGUUUCUCUCCCCACUCAACAUUUCCUGCACCUUGUUCCCCUGGGACCCCUGGCCCCUUGCCGUGGCACCAAGCAGGAACCAGGAACAGAUAGAGAUAUCCUCUGGAUUUCAGCAGGGCUCAGGACAGGCCACUUCUGUUCCUUGGCAGGAGACUGCAGCUAAAAGCUCCUGCUGGCCCUCCAGACCUUCCCCUGGCGCUUUUCAGUAUCCCAGCUCUGGGCUGCAGGCUGCGUGUGCAGGGCGGAGGAGCAGGAGUUGGGUGUGUGUGAGUGAGUGUGUGAGUGUUUGUGUGAGAGUUUCUGUGUCUGUGAGUGUGUGAGUGUGUGACUGUGAGUGUGAGUAUCUGAGUGUGUGAGUGAUUAUCUGUGUGAGUGUGAAUGUGAGUGUGUGUGUGUGUGUGUGUGUGUUCCCAGGGGCACGGGACUGCUCCAUGAUUAAUCACUGGGGGAAAAUGAGACCAAAUGAAAAGCGCCCAAGUGGCUUUGAUUUAUGUGGCCUUCACGUCUCCACUUUGAGAUGGAAUGGUUAUUGCUCUCCAGUGCUACAGAAAUAAAGGUCUUAAACUUCAGUGAUCACAGGCAGGCCCAGCCUGCAGGGACACCCAGCCUGGAUGGGGAGGUGCCAGGCGUGGGCUCUGCUGUGUUUGUGUGGGCUCUGCUGCCUCUCUGAGGGGCCUGCCUGUGGUGUGACCCCAUGGCAGCUGUUCUGGGAGUGCUCUGUGCAGAGCUGGGGCUCUGCUGGCAGGGUCUGUGCUGCUCAGAGGGGCUGGGGGGCUGCAGGUGGAACACAGGGGCCCUGGGCAGUGCUGGGGGCUCUCACAGCCCUGCAGGGGUCAGCAGCUCUGCCCAGAGCAGCCCUGGGAGGCUGGGGCACAGCAGGACAGGUGCAAAGGCUGCUCCUGGUGGCCCUGUGGCUCAGGCUGGGCGUGGUGGCUCAGGAAGGGGCACCCAAACCUCCUGCAGGCAGCAGGGUGGGGGCAGGAGGGUGAGCUCCCCAUGAGCCUGAGAUCCCCUCCCAGCACUGGCGCCAUGCACACUGGCAUUGGUGCCGUGCACACUGGCAUUGGUGCCGUGCACACUGGCAUUGGUGCCGUGCACACGGGCAUUGGUGCCAUGCACACGGGCAUUGGUGCCGUGCACACUGGCAUUGGUGCCAUGCACACGGGCAUUGGUGCCAUGCACACGGGCAUUGGUGCCGUGCACACGGGCAUUGGUGCCGUGCACACUGGCAUUGGUGCCAUGCCCAGCUGCACAGGCACCCCUGCUCAGCUCCCAAGGGCAGAAUUCCCCAUUCCCAGGGGCUUUGGCCCCUGAGCAGGACUCGGAGCACUAGGGGACGCACAGGACAUGCCAUUUCACAGACCAUGGGCACCAAGGGCUUUCCCCCUGCCCCCUGCACCCCCAGCACAGGGGCUGCCCAGGCUCUGCAGAACGCUGUGGGUCACUUGGGGAGUCCAUCACUGAUUUCCUUUGCAGGCUGUGGGCUGGAGGAGAGGGCAGGGUUGGCUUUUCCUGGCAAUGACCAUCACGUACCUGAGCCCCUCAGCCGUGUCCCCCUGCUCUCCCAGCCCUGGCAAGGCUGGAGGAGCCCCCAGCCCCCUCCCCAAGCCCCCAGCCCUGUCACUAUGGGCUCGACUUCCAGAGUACUUUAUGCACAAGGCCCCAUGUGUAUCAUGGUACAAAAUAAUUGUCCAGUCUUAUGGAUAGUUUAUGCCCCAGCGGGGUUUUGUAGAUUAAUAGUAAAAGAACAAUAAAAAAAAAAAAAAAAAAAAAAGAAAAAGCACUUUUAAAUUAUUUAUAUUAUAAAAAGACAUUCUUUAUUUUUCUUGGCAUUGAUGUCACUUAGCUAAAACUCCGUUUCUAAGUAGGAUAUUGCAGAUUUUAAACUAUAGCAAUGCUCGAGCAAACACGGAUCCAGAGUUCCACAGAGCAAAGGCCCGAGGGGAGGCAGAGGGGCAGGGCCCUGCUGGCCCCGGGGUGCUGCUGAUGGGGACAUGGGGGUGUCCCUGCCCUGCCCUGGGCUGUGCGAGGUGCUGCCAGUGCAAUAUCCCCAGCCCAGAGGGAGGCACGGGGGCUUGGGGGCCCUGGGGUCCCCGGGGCCUUGCUCACGUUACAUUUUCGGACCUCAUUCAGCACUAAAUGACUCUGCUGAGGCUCAGUCAGCCUGUUGCACAUUGAUGUAGGUUAAGUGGCACCCACCGAAUUACCUCUCGACUCUCCAACGUGGUUCACUUGUACAUAAGUGUAAUGUCAAACUGUUUACAGGUUCUUUUGUGCGUAAUUGUGGAAACAAAAAAAAAGUUUUACCUGCAAAUUUAAAGGAAUCGAUUUUACUGGAAGGUGUUUAAAAAAAUGAAUGUGCUUAAUACAGUAUAGACAUCCUUGCUAAUGGUCUCACCUGAAUGCAUGUAUCCGUGUUGUCAGUCCCACCAGUGAGGUUCUUGGCAAUAUUCUGCAGUCUGUGAAUAGCAAAUAUGCAUCAACUACUGUGACUCUGACAAAUAUAACUCGGUAACUGUUUCUACUGUGGUGUGUGAAACAAAUCCUGUAGCUUUUAGCCUGCUGUAUUUCCCUGGUGCCGGGAGCACCAGGAGCCAGAGAGGUCUGGGAGGAAUGAAGACAGAGCUGUGCCCUGAGCAGGGUGGUGACAGCCCCUGCUGUGCUACAAGUGCUGAAAAUGCCAUUUUCAGAGGCUGGCAGCUGAGGGGAAGGGGCUGGGGCUGGGGCUGGGGCUGGCAGAGCCUGGGCAGGGGCUCUGGGACCCUGCAUGGGGGGCUCAGCCCUGCUCUGGGGUGCUGGGGCUCACAGCUGCACACAGCAGUGGUGUUCUUUGCCAUUCCAGUUCACAGAAAACGGGCUGUACUGGGAGCUCUGUUUGCCAUUCCAGUUCACAGUGAUUGUGCUGUACUGGGAGCUCUGUUUGCCCCUCAGCUCACACUGAGUGCCCACAGGCAGGGCACAGACCAGAACAAAGGUGUUGGUGCCCCUCAGCAGUCACACACACACACUCACACUCACAGAAGUGCAUCCAUGGACACAUCCAGGCCUUUUUGCCCACAGGGGUUCAGCACUGGCUCCUGUAACCACUUCCCUUCCUGCUGGCUGUUUGUUGUCCUCCCUCCUGUGCACUGGGGUUUUCCCCAGUUUAUUUCUGGGUUGGUUAUUGCUGUUUUUAAUCUGCAGUACCAGGCUGUGGUUGGGAAGAAGCCCUUUGCAGUGGCCCCUUCCUGGCAGGAGGUGAAAGCUCCAUCUCUGCAGCACUUGCCCAGUUUGGAGCUUCCCCGGGCUGGGGUUUGGGUGCUGCAGUGCCUGCCUUUGCAGGAGCUUUGGGGCUGUGUCCCUCAGUGCUGAGGGGAUGCUCACUGGGCUCCCCUGUGUCCCCAUUCUGGUGCUGGCAGUGCCACGAGCCUGGUGGUGCCAGGAUUCCUGUCCUGGCACAGCCCCUGCAGAGCCCCUGCCCUGUGCCCUGUGCCCUGUGCCCUGUGCCCUGUGCCCUGUGCCCUGUGCCCUGUGCCAGCACCUGCAGGGGUCCCUGUGUCCCUGGGGUGCCCCCCAAGUCUGGGAUGAGCUUCUCCCCGUGAAGCAGCCCUGCCUGGAGCCGGGGAUGGUGCGGGGGGCUGAGGGCGCCCUGCUGCUGUUCCGGGGCACAGGGGGCUGCAGGACCCUGCUCCCCUGCCCGGGCUGGCCCCAGGCUCCAUCCCUGCCCCUGGCAGCCCCCAGGGCAGGGGCACAGCCCUGGUGCUGUGGCCUGGCUGGUGGCAGCCCUGCUGCAGCCAGCACAGCCCUCAGCGCUGAGCAGGGCUCACCUGCACUGGCGUUCCCAGCAGAAAGGGGAUUUUGGUUGUUCUGAGCACCGGCUGCUCCUGGUGUCGGGGCAGAUGUGAAGGAGCAGUGGGUGUUGAGGUGGAACACCUGCACAAUAAUUACUGAGGAUGUAAUUACCUCCCCCACACAGCACGGGGUGAUGUGCACGGGAAGGAGGAGAGAUUCCCUUUGGUACCAGGUGAUACCAGAAAAUGAUUUUAAUCUGCCUUACAACUAUAUAAUUAAGAGAGCUUAUAUAUAGAAAUAUCUAUCUAUUUACCCAUCUAUCUAUCUCCCCACAAGUGUAUUUAUCUCUGGCUGGGAGCAGGGCGGGCAGCACAGGCCUGGGCUGGCCCUGCUCAUUGCCACAGGAGACAAACCCAGAGCUUGGCCAAAGCCUUUCCAGAGGAGAGACCCCCUCCCAGGGACAGCCCCUAACCCCAAUGCUGAGCCGUGCCAGCAGCUGGAACCACGUGGGGCCGGGGAGGCAGGGAGGGGGGACCCUGCAGGACACGGUGACAGGUGAGGGGUGACCUGCAGGUGACAGUGAUGGGCGAGAGGUGACCCUGCAGGUCACGGUGGGCUUGCCAGGGUGGGGCUGAACUCUUGCCAUGCCCCAAACCCGAGCACAGGAGGUGCUCCCUCGGGCAGGAGGGGUGGGAGGGCAAGGCUGGGCUGCAGAGCAUCCUCCAGCCGCCCCUCUGUGCCGUGCCAGGGCCAGAGCAAACCUGUGCAAGGAGAGGGGCUGGGGCUGGGCUCGGGGGGCACAGGGUACCCCCUGCUCACCCCUGGGUUUGGGGGUCACAGGCCAGCACAGGACCCCCCUGUACACCCCGGUUCUCCCCCAGGGCUGCCCUGCCCCUGUGCCCGUGCCCUGGAGGGAGAGCUCUGUAAAUACAGCAGGUUAAAAACUGGCGCGGAAUCGGCGAGUCUGUACUUAAUGCAGAUGUUUCCCAUGUUUUGUAGUAUUGUUUUAUUGAUAAAUAAAAAUCAACCAAAGACAAAA